GAGACUCGUGGUUGUCUGAAAGGUGGUUCAGUGAUUUCUGUCAGUGUGAAUGUGCCAACCUAUCUACCGGCUUAUCCACGCGUCGGCUCCGUCUACACCAGCACCGAUCAGCUACUGAAACCAUGAAGAUCUGGACCUCUGAGCACAUAUUUCACCACCCUUGGGAGACGGUGACCAAGGCUGCUAUGCAGAAAUACCCCAACCCCAUGAACCCCAGUGUGAUCGGCGUGGACGUUCUGGACAGAGACAUCGACAAGCAGGGACGCCUCCACAGUAAAAGACUGCUCAGCACAGAGUGGGGUCUUCCGUCUAUAGUGAAAUCUAUCAUUGGUAACGCACGAACAUACACCUAUGUUCAGGAACACUCGGUUGUGGAUCCCAAAGAGAAGACUUUUGAACUUCAAUCCUCAAAUAUCACGUUCACAAACAUGGUGUCUGUGGAUGAAAGGUUAACAUAUAAACCACACCCUGAAGAUCCAGAGAGAACGAUACUGACUCAGGAGGCAAUCAUCUCUGUGAAAGGGGUCAGUCUCAGCAGUUACCUGGAGGGAGUUAUGGCCAGCACCAUCUCUGCAAAUGCUGGAAAGGGCCGUGAAGCCAUGGAGUGGGUAAUCAGGCGACUGAACGCAGAGAUUGAGGAGCUGGCAGCGACGGCACGCGGGACCAUGCGCACCCCAAUGGCUGCUGCAGUCACUGAGAAAUGACACCUGCCUCUGCUGCUCAGGACAGUCUAAGAGAAACAGUACAUCAGUACAAGCAGCCUCCCUGUAUGAUGCUCUGCUGCUGCUUUGGUGCUCUGGAUUUUUUUGUAUUAUUUAAGGAUAAAAUUUCAACCACCUCUUAUGAUUUACUAUCUACAUUAGAUAUAUUUUAAGCAGCAGACUGCAGCAUAAAGGGGUUCUGUUGAAUGUUUUCAGAGGAUGCUGCCUGGCAGGACCACAGCGAUAAGAGAUCUGAGGCUGAAAAGCAGGUGGCACGCUCAGGGACAAGUCUAAACACCGCUGUCAUUUUUGUGUUGGGAAGCAUGUAGCAUCGGCGGAAAAGUCUCAGAGACAACAGAUGAAGUGGAAACACAAGACAAGUGCCAAAGCAGACACUGCUUUUUGUCCAGCCUCUUAAAAACACCUUUGCCAGUUUUCAGCUAGCAGAAGACCACAGAAUGCCAGCAAGUUUCCUCUGGUGUGAACUCUGUUUACAGCGGCAGAGUAUAAAGAAAAACAAUUUAUGGGAAGAUAUGUGAGAAGCAAGGAAUGCCCAUGCUGAGAUGUAAGAGCAGAAAACAAAGCGCCUGUUAAGGCCGGGGUCAAGUGAAACACGUGUCAAGGGUACAAAUCAGCAGGUCGGAGCGAGUGGUUGGUUUAACGACAGCAAAAUGUCAAUGAAAUGUUUCAUGGUCGGGUUUAUUUGUGUACGAGAGUCAUCUCAACAAUGUUUUUCUGUGGGACCUCAGUGGUAACAAGACACUCUGUACCAGGCAACACGCCUGAUUCUAAACUGUAUUGUUAUUAUAUAAUGAGUAAUAAUGUUAUAAAGGUAUUUAAGUUAAAUGAAGGGAUCAAAAUAUUUGCCAUAUUUAUGUUUUGAUGUAAAAGACCCUCUCAAAUGUUGUGUUACUGUUACAUAGCUAUAAAUCUGUCUGAUAUGAAGAAACAAACAAAACAGUGUAACCUUCAGUUAGACACUGAACCUGAACUUGUUUGUUGAACUCAAGCAGUUUUAUCAAAAACACACGUAGUCCUGUCAGCAUGUUCUUUCACUGGACAGUCUUUGCAGGGACUUAUUUGCACACUCAAAUUAACACAAAGAAAAGCUGCUACACAUGCUGACAGCUGAUGAUGUUACGGUUUUGGUAUUACUGUCAGAGUGGUUACACUGUGUAUUUGAGAGGGUCUUUAUACAGUGGGUGGCAGUGUGGUGAGGGUGAAAGCACUAGUUUCUUUAAUAUAUAAGUUUUUUUUUUUAAACCUGUAACAGGGAUAUUUAUUUAGGGAAACAGUUUGUUUUGAAAGAGUGAGUUAUGAGUUUGCUUGAUUGCUGAAAACAAUGUGAUAUCACAUGCUCAGCUAGAAAUUUUAAUUUGUGCAUUUUGACUGGGUGCCUGUGGAAAAGAAAUGUUCUCAGCAAAUGCAGAUUGUGGCAAUAAAUAAAAUAUUUUAACCUGUUAAAAUGA